GGCGCGAUCCCGUAAGCUCCGCGGCUAGGCCGGCGGAGAGCCGGGGCUGGGGGUCGGCGGCCAAGGUGCGGCAGGGCUCGCUGCUGCCCUCGGCGCCGUCGCCAUGGGCAAGAAGCACAAGAAGCAUAAGGCCGAGUGGCGCUCGUCGUACGAGGACUAUGCAGACAAGCCUUUGGAGAAGCCCCUGAAGCUGGUGCUCAAGGUUGGAGGAAGUGAGGUGACAGAGCUCUCGGGGUCCGGCCACGACUCCAGUUACUACGAUGACAGGUCAGACCACGAGCGAGAGAGGCACAAGGAGAAGAAAAAGAAGAAAAAGAAAAAGUCGGAGAAGGAGAAGCACCUUGACGAUGAAGAAAGAAGGAAGCGAAAGGAAGAGAGGAAGCGGAAGCGGGAAAAGGAGCUCUGUGACACGGAGGGAGAGGCGGACGACUUUGACCCCGGCAAGAAGGUGGAGGUGGAGCCGCCCCCCGACCGGCCUGUCCGCGCGUGCCGGACACAGCCAGCUGAAAAUGAGAGCACGCCUAUUCAGCAACUACUAGAGCAUUUCCUCCGCCAGCUCCAGAGAAAAGAUCCUCAUGGAUUUUUUGCUUUUCCUGUCACGGAUGCAAUUGCUCCUGGAUACUCAAUGAUAAUAAAACAUCCGAUGGAUUUUGGCACAAUGAAAGACAAAAUUGUAGCUAAUGAAUACAAGUCAGUCACGGAAUUUAAGGCAGAUUUCAAACUGAUGUGUGAUAAUGCAAUGACGUACAACAGAUCAGACACCGUGUACUACAAGUUAGCCAAGAAGAUCCUCCACGCGGGCUUUAAGAUGAUGAGCAAACAGGCAGCUCUUCUGGGCAGCGAAGAUACAGCCGUCGAGGAGCCUGUUCCUGAAGCUGUGCCCGUACGAGUAGAAACUGCCAAGAGGUCCAAAAGGCCGAGCAGAGAAGCCGUCAGCUGCAUGUUCGAGCCGGAAGGAAAUGCCUGCAGCCUGACCGACAGCACCGCGGAGGAGCACGUCCUGGCCUUGGUGGAGCAUGCGGCCGACGAGGCCCGGGACAGGAUCAACCGGCUGGUCCCCGGUGGCAAGAUGGGCUACCUGAAGAGGAACGGGGCCGGGAGCUUGCUCUACAGCGUGGUCAACGCGGCCGAGCCGGACGCAGACGAGGAGGAGACGCACCCGGUGGACCUGAGCGUGCUGUCCAGCAAGCUGCUGCCCGGCUUCACCGCGCUGGGCUUCAGGGAGGAGCGGAGGAGCCGAGUCACCUUCCUGUCCGGCGCCAGCACCGCCCUGUCCACGCACAACAACUCGGUGUUCGGCGACUUGAAGUGCGACGAGGUGGAGCUGCUGUACUCGGCCUACGGAGACGAGACGGGUGUGCAGUGCGCGCUGAGCCUGCAGGAGUUUGUGAAGGAUGCCGGGAGCUACAGCAAGAAGCUGGUGGAUGACCUCCUGGACCAGAUCACGGGCGGGGACCACUCGCGGAUGCUCUUCCAGCUGAGGCAGAGGAGAAGCGUCCUGACGAAGCCUCCAGAUGAAGGAAAGGCGGGGGACCCUCUCGGGGAUGGUGGCUCCACCCUGGACUUCAUGGCCAUGAAGUCCUAUUCGGACGUCUCUCUGGACAUCUCCGUGCUCGGCUGUCUGGGGACAGUGAGGAAGGAGCUGGACCACGGCGACGGCCACCUGAGCCUGGACGAGACCACGAAGCUCCUUCAGGACCUGCAGGAGGCGCAGGCAGAGCGUGGGGGCUCCCGGCCGUCCUCCAACCUCAGCUCCCUGUCCAACGCCUCUGACAGGGAGCAGCGCCACCUGGGAAGCCCUUCUCGCCUCAGUGCUGGGGAGCAGCCCGAGGGGACCCACGACCCGUACGAGUUUCUUCAGUCCCCAGAGCCCGCAGCCUCCACAAAGAGCUAGCCCUGUAGGUGGCCUUUGGUUGUUUCUGAUUUUGUAAGCUGUUACUUGCAUGUACAGAGUUUUUGUCAUGAGACGAAGACUUUCAUUUUGUCCCCUUUGGCGUGCGGGAGGCAGCCCCGGGAGGUGGCGACGUGUCUGUCAUCGUGUUAGCCACACUGGGAUCUG